UUGCAGCUUGCAAAAGUGGCUACAUUAAGUGUAAAAAUACAGAGGGAAGAGAAGGAAAGAAGGGCAGUUUGUUGUUUCUUGUUUAUUUAUUUAUAAAGCACAAUUAAAACAAUGCAAUGUUGACCAAUGUGCUGUAAAAUCACACAAUAAAAUUACACACAUAAAAAAAUAUUUGCAAGCACCUUCAUUGAGAUAAGAAUAAAGCUGUGGUUUUGGUCUACAGAAGUGGGAGGAGUCAGCGUAGCCUUUGUUCUUCAAGCAGUCAUAGCUCAGGUUCAGCAUUUCCAGACAAGAAAAUGUGAUGAUGGAGCUUAGUUUAGGCUUCAAUUCAACCUCUAACAGCACUGCUGUGGGUUCAGAACAGAUCGCUCCUGCUGUAGUUCUGGGUUUGUGCUGUUUGGUGGGUUUACCAAGCAACAUCGCAGUAAUCAUCAGCAUUGCUCGUGAGUGGAACAAAAAUUUGAGCUUUACCUUAAAACUAAUGGUAAACCUUGCUGUCUCUGAUGCUUUGACCCUUUGCUUGGCUCCUGUGGUGCUGUGUGGAAUAGUGUUUGGAUGGAAACUCGGCCUUUGGUCUUGUAGGUUCUUAUUCUUCUUGGGUCACUGGAGUCUGUAUGUUGGAGUCCUGACGGUCACCUCCAUGAGUGUUCACCGCUUUCACAAUGUCAUCAAGUCCAGAGUCACUAACAGGAUGAUACUGCACAGACUGGAGAGACGGCACAGACGCCUUCAGCUGAUUGGCAUCUGGAUUCUAGCCUUUGUUUUUGCCCUACCAAUAUUUUUCACUCAAGGAGUCAAAGACAGGGAUGGAUUGCAGAGAUGUCAGAGGGCAAUGGAGUCACGGUCUGUAGAAGUGACUGUUUUGCUUUUUGAGAUCCUGUUGGGGUUCAUCAUCCCAUUAUUGAUCAUGUUAACAUGUUAUCUUUGGUUGCACAAAGGUUUGAGCCAAAAAGUCAAGAGCUCCAGUCUAACUAGAGCUCCACAGGACCAGGAACCCAGAAAUCAGGGGUCAAAGGUUAGGACUUACAAGAAGAGACUUGUGAUCAGCAUCGUUGUGGCUUUCUUUCUGUUAUGGACUCCUGUACACAUCAUCAAUGUGAUUGAUAUAGUUACUACUCUCACUAAAACUUCUCAUCCAGAUGUUCAUUCCCAAAUGAAGUCCUUCCGUAGAGUUUGUGGUGAUACAAGCAAGACUCUGGCUUUGCUAAACUGCUGUCUGAAUCCUUUUCUCUAUGUUUUCUUUUCAAGGAAUGUCAUAAAGUGUAGUAAGUAGAACCCCCAAUUGUUUAUUUCAGUUACAAAUUUAAAUAAUUAUUUUUAAGUUGUAAACCUUGUCUGCUAACAAAAUUGAGAUCGGUUUGCUUUAAAAAAAUAUUUUCUAUUGUAAAAAGCAGCAUGAAUGCAAUCUUUUAUCUGUGCUAUGCCAAAGG